UCGAGAAUGUCCGACUGUUCGGAUCAAUUGUCAUCGCCGAACAGCGACUGCAACAGCCAGAUGGGCGCCGUGCAUCGAAAUGCGACCGCCGGGCAGUACAACAGCUCAUCGAUGCCUGGAUUAUCGUUGAGCCAUCAUUCCCAUCCGCAGAAUCUGACGCCAACGUCGAACGGGAGCCCGCAGUAUCCGCAGGAGCUGACCAAUUGCACCUCGAGCAACGCGACGGGGAAUAUUGGGAACAUCGGGGCCCUGUCUCUGGGCAGCGCGAGCAGUAACUUUACGCCCGAGCAGAUAUCUUGCAUGUGCGAGGCGUUAUCGCAGAGCCAGGAUAUCGAGAAGCUCACGAGGUUUCUCUGGUCCCUUCCACCGGGCGAGUUGCUCCGCGGCGGCGAGAGCGUGAUGAUGGCUAGAGCCGCGGUAGCUUUCCAUCGUGGCGCGUACCACGAGCUGUAUUCGAUCCUGGAGAGUCACCCUUUCUCGCCGCGACGGCACACGGAGCUCCAACAGAUGUGGUUCAAGUCGCACUACCGCGAGGCGGAGAAGAUUCGCGGUCGUCCGCUGGGCGCUGUGGAGAAGUAUCGAUUGAGGAAGAAGUAUCCGCUACCAAAGACGAUCUGGGACGGGGAGGAGACGGUCUACUGCUUCAAGGAACGAUCGAGGAAAGCUUUAAAGGAGUGCUACAUGAGGAACAGGUACCCGACGCCCGACGACAAGAAGAACCUCGCCAAGAAGACCGGGCUGACGCUCACCCAGGUGUCCAAUUGGUUCAAGAAUAGACGCCAGAGAGACAGGACCCCGCAGACGAGAACGGACAUGUUACCGUUAAACUGCCAGGGCGGCGCAGCCAACGCGAUGAGCAAUUCCGUGAGCAACGGUGGUAGCAUACAGUCGUUGCAGAGCAUCGACUCGGACAGCCCGAAUCUCGCGAUGUCGCCGCUGUCGACGAUGGGCAUGUCACCGGUGGGCAUGAACCCGUGCAGCCCGAUGGGCAUGAGUCCCAUGGGCCCGCAUCACCACGGAUACGCGGCGCCCGUCACCCCGUCCUCCGUCCACCCCCAUAACGGAGGCCUUAGCCCCAUGAACGACGUCAAGGCCCUCUGCUACGGUCGCGGCGUUUACGAGACUGGUAAAGACGCAGAACAGAGCUCCGUCUACUACUCCACCCACUCGCCCAUGCACCACCAAUACUACCAACAGACGCACCAUCAAAUGAUGACCAGCGCCCACCACCAUCACCACCAUCACCAACAAACCAUGCCGGCCGGUUACGAGAUCAUGCUGCCGCCUCCGCAGCACUCGAUGUGA